AUGCCUCGGGGUCAGAAGAGUAAGCUCUGUGCCCUUGAGAAACGCCAACAGACCCGUAAGGAGACCCAGUGUCUCAGGGCUGCUGAGGCCGCUGCAGCACAGGAAGAAGAGUCCCCCUCCUCUUCUUCCUCCUUCCUCUCCUCUCCUGCUUGGAGGGGUACUUUCCACAGCUCCCCUGAUGCCUCCAUUCCCCAGGAGCCUCAGAGAGCUCCAUCCACUAGCUCUCCUGAUGCAGGUGUUUCAAGCACAAGAGCUGAUGAGGAUGCUGAGACUCCAGAUGAGAACAGUACAAGCACCUCCCAGGCAGCACCCUCCACUCAGAAGUCACGCAGAGAUCUUCUGACCAAGAAGGCGAGUAUGUUGGUGCAAUUCCUGCUCAAGAAGUACAGCAAUAAAGAGCCCAUUACCAAGGCAGACAUGCUGAAGGUUGUCAACAAAAAGUAGGAGCACUUACCCGAGAUCCUCAGAAGAACCUCUGAGUGCUUGGAGCUAGUCCUUGGCCUUGAACUGAAGGAAGUAAGUGCCAGUGGUCAGUCCUUUGACCUCGUCAGCAAGCUGGGCCCCUCCAGCGAGGGAAAUCUGAGUGGUGAUGAGAGGUUCCCCAGGACCGGUCUCCUGUUGAUGCUCCCGUGUGUGAUCUUCAUGAACGGUAACCGUGCCAAUGAGGAGGAGAUCUGGGCAUUCCUGCAUACGUUGGGGAUGUAUGCUUGGAGGAGGCACUUAGUGUAUGGGGAGCCCCAGAAGCUCAUCUCAAAAGAUCUGGUGCAGGAAAAGUACCUGGAGUAUCGGCAGGUGCCCAACAGGGAUCCUCCAAGCUGUGAAUUCCUGUGGGGACCAAAAGCCCAUGCUGAAACCAGCAAGAUGGAAGUCCUGGAAAUUUUGGCCAAGAUCGAUGAUACUGUGCCUAGUUCCUUCCCAAACCUGUACGAAGAUGCUUUGAGAGAUGAGGUAGAGAGAGCCGUAGUGAUAGAUGCAGUGUUAAUUAAGCAUCUUCCCCUUGGAAAUCACCGUGAUACUACUGGGGAUGUUAAGAAAGAGAAGAUCCAGCCACUGCCUGUAGAAUUUAGUCCAGCAGCAGCUAUCAUACAUGCAGACGGUGAUAAAAAGCGUACCCAAAGUACUGUUUUGGAAUACACAGCCCAAGGGAUAAGCAAUAAAAAUACCAAAGUAAAUGUGAGGUGUGAAAGGAGAAAGGAGUUAUUUGUGGACAAUUUCAUCGUCUACAAAAUCACUUUUG